AUGGCGGAUUUUUCAACUUCGGUGAGUACCCUUGAAAAACUCAAUGCUAAUAAUUAUAGCACAUGGAGUACUCGUAUGCAAUUUUAUUUGCUCGGUCAAGAUCUGUGGGAGAUCGUCGGAGGGAGUGAAACGAUACCCCCGACAAAUGAAAACGACCUUAAAAAGUGGAAAGUUAGGGCCGGUAAAGCAAUGUACGCUUUAUCGAUUUCGGUGGAGGACGACUUGCUACAACAUGUCAAGGAUGCGAAAACGCCCAAAGAGGCGUGGGACACUCUUGCUGGAGAUCCACAAGGUGUGAGAUCCAAAAGAGGAGGGAGGCCAAUGCAUGAAAAUUGGCGUAGACAACAAGAAAGAAGGAGCUGGCAACAAGGGGGAGCUCAACUAGAAACCAACAAUGAUCGACGAGAGGAGACGAGACGACGUACGAAUAAUCAAUGCUUCGUUUGUGGCAAACGAGGUCACUACGCUCGCGAUUGUUGGUAUAGAAAAGUUGAAGGAAACAUCGCAUCCACACACCCACAGGUGGAGACCGAGGAGGAGUUAGUUUUCAAGCAUCUGCUGCGGUGA